AAGGUUCCACGUUCGAUUCCGACGAUUGAAAAGAACGCGUAGGCGGCCAGCCUGUCAAGAGUCACGUGUGAUCGUUGCCCGUUGCAGUGGCAUUCCGCACUUAACCUGUCUCGGUACGGAACGAAUAGGCUACGAGUCUUACGAAUACUAGAGAAAAAUCGUCGAUGCUGUUUCUUCCGUCGAGAAAACGAUCGAAAGCGUUUGAGUCGAUCGAUACGGAAACGGUAUCAAAGUCGAUCGAUCGCGUCGUACAGUAAGGAAGAAGCUCGAAGCCUCCCGUGAUUCAGUUUGAGUUACAGGCGUUUCAGUUUCGUUUUCGGGGCAGUGAAUUUCUUAAUCGUCAAAUAGAUUUAAUUGAAUGCUGGUGAAAUCCACGCUCGGCUGAAAUGCCUAAAGUAAGAACCAGGCAGGCGAAUAGCCUCUGGUUAAGACAACGCGAGUUGGGUAUCAAGUUCCCCCUGGGACAUUCUGAUCGUUUUCAUAAAACUCUUUAUUCUUCUAUCCAACCGGUAACUUCUUGGGAUCAUGCGUUAUCUUCGACCGCUGCCCAUGGCGGAGUCUUUAACCUCGAGUACUCUCCAGAUGGCUCGCUGCUAUUGGCCGCAUGCGAGAAGAAAAGUAUUUUAAUGUUCGAUCCAUUGAGAAGAAGAUUGAUCCAUUCGAUUGACAAUGCUCACAACGAUUGCGUGAACUGUGUCAGGUUUUUAGACCAACGCAUGUUCGCAACUUGUUCAGAUGACAGUACAGUAGCUCUCUGGGAUGCUCGAAACUUAAAGCAAAGAAUAAGAACUCUUCAAGGACACUCGAAUUGGGUGAAGAAUAUAGAAUACAGUCCCAAAGAUAGUUUACUAUUAACCAGCGGCUUCGAUGGCAGCAUAUACACAUGGGAUAUAAACAGUUUCACAGAGAACAGUAUUCUGUAUAGGCGAGUGUUUCACACGAAUGGUCUGAUGCGCACCAGGCUCAGUCCAGAUGCCAGUAAAAUGUUAAUAAGCACCACCUCUGGAUAUCUUAUUAUUAUACACAACCUUAAGUUAAGCACGCUGACCCAGGAUCUGGCAGGAUUUCGGCCGAACAUGUACCGGUUGAUGCAAUCGUCGCAAACCACGAUACCAUAUGCGAUGAGUUUCACGCACCUUUUCUCUCAAUCUCGUACGCAUAACAGAGUAGAAUUCUUAACCGAUUUUCCUAUCGGCGACGAUGCCGAGAUCAUAUCGAGCUUACAAGUACAUCCGCAAGGAUGGUGUGCUCUAUCCAGGAACGUCAGCAACGGAGAGAAAUCAGAGUGGACCUGCAUUCACGACAUACAAGAGCGCGAUGCAUCCGAGACGGUAGACCAGACGAAAGAAGAAGAGGCGCCGCCGCCCCGAUUCGACUCGGUGCCAGUGAGAGAGGUCGAAGACUUCCAGCAGGAAUCCCUACCUUCUGCUUCCGGUAUAAUAUCUCCCUUUAGAAUAUCUCCCGUUGUAAUUGAACAUUUUAACGAGCGCUAUAGAGAGAGACCCGUUACGUACAAUGACGCUAAUAGAAUCGCGACCGCUAUAGUUAAUUAUGUGCGCGGCCGUCUGGGCGAACAAGAACGGGAAUCGGACGAAGAGUACAGGACACCGAGGAUCAUCGGUGACCUGAGACCACUCAAUAUAAUCGAUUAUUCCACUGGGAACGUAGAGUUGAACGUGAGUACGACCGAUGUGUGGGAAGCGCAUGUGGCAAUCCGGGAAGCCAGGCUCCGAAGGGAAAGAGACUGGCUCUCCAGAUCGACCAACAAUACCGUUGUCAUUAUGGGAGACAGAAUCAGAGUUGAGAAUCGCAAUAGGCGGAAUAGGAUGCAUCAGCUGCAUCAGAGGAUGCACCAGAGGCAUCAGAUCCAUCAGACGAUGUACGCUAUUCCGAGAAAUCGUAUGAUUCACAAAAAUACGCCUAGGUUAACGCAUUAUAUAGAGGAGCCCAACGUGGGCUCCGGGUAUAUAAAGGAAUUGUGUUUCUCAGCCGACGGCCGGCUGAUAUGCUCGCCGUUCGGCUACGGUGUACGAUUGUUGGCAUUUUCUAGCGAUUGCUCGGAAUUGUCCAACUGUGUUCCACCUUAUAACGAGUCGAUGCAGCUUCACGAGUUAGCGGCGAACGUCAGCCAUUCCGGCAUCGUGGUUAGUACAAAAUUCUCUCCGAGGCAUUGUUUGCUGGUAUCGGGUUGUCUCAACGGAAAGAUCGUUUGGCAUCAGCCCGUAGUUUAGUCAGGUCGACUUGUUUUCUGAUCGCAGAGGUCUGCAUUCGGAGAGACUUCUCGGCGAGAUAUAGAUUAUUUGCUGAUUUCUUUCGUUUUCUCCUUUUGUUUUCCUCUUUACAAAGUCGGUAGCAUGGAGAUUUACUGUUUUCCUAAUGUACACUUUUUGAUACAUCUUAUUUUCUAGUAUGUCGUCUCCCGUUUAAAUCGAGAACCGAUCCUUUUUUUUUAUAAAGGAUCUGACGUCUUUUGGUGGGAAUAUUGUGCCGUUCUUUUUACUUAGAGCUCAAGACGCGAGAUAUUUAAUACGCGAUUAUCUCUCAGUAGCGAUUUAACGGAAAUGAAAGGGAAAUAAACGUGACGCUAUUUUAAUAGAUUGUGCAAUUUCGCGCGUACGACUGCGAGGGUAUAAUUUUUCUUCUAACGACUGAAGUAUUUUUCUUUCAAUACAAAACGAUUUCAAUGAGUUCACGGCAGAGUACUUUUUUUUUUCUUUUCCUUUUACAUCCUUCUGAAACACGUUGAAUCGCAUCUUAGAAAACAUUCCGCGAACAGAAUUGUACAUAAUCUCGUAGAACGAUAACAAUCGCGUGUCGCCAAAUUGGAAUCGCAACGUCCUUCACUUCUCUUUCCACUGCACAACGACGAAGUGUAUACUUUUACUUUACGUUUUUCGUUGGACUGUUCGCCUAUCAAAGAUUAAAUCUCUAUCAACGGAAAAGGAGAGAUGAGAGGCGGAACGAAAUUGUGCAAGAGGUAUCAUCCUCGCCGACGAACGUAUCCUUGGUUAUCAUUAGUAUUAAAUUUCUUAGCCACGUAUCGCGUGACUAAUGCAUGAAAAUUACAAGUAAUCACGGGAUAAUCAUCCUAUCUGGCUCGCCCAGAAACGAGGUUUCCUCUUAUUACGAAAGCGACUAAGAAGCUUCGACUUUAAUUAGAUCUCGAUCGAUCAAUUUAUGAACGAUGUUGCUCAUACUUAAUCAUCAACGCAAAGUAGCAAAGAAAUCGUGUAACAUAUGUAAAUUCAGUGUCAUCUUAGAGACGCAAUGACAACAGGAAAAAGUAAUAACGAGUACGACGUUCACGCCCGUGUGCGAGUCGAUUAUACUGAUCAAGUAAGAGUGAAUCAAAUGAUUGUUAGACGAGUCAGUAUGUGCACAUUGGGAUCUGGUUUUUACGAAAGAUCGCUGUGAGAAAUUGGUAUAACGUAGUAUUACAAUGAUCUGUAAUAUUUUUUAUGGCGAUCUUCCAUCACCAGGAUUUUAUAUAUAAAGCUCGUCAAUUUUGGGAACCGCACGUUUCCCCAUAUUAAUCGAUAUUGGCAUUAUUACGAUGAAAUAGUUUGAGAGGGAGAGAGAGAAAGAGACAGAGAGAAUGAGAAAUAGUGCAUUUGCAAUGAAAUCGGGCUCAGAGAGCUCGAGAUUAGAAUAUAUUAAACGCACGCCUGAAUCGUGGACGAGUGAUUACCCGCAAACCUUUAAUGGUAGAUGAAUUUUUAUGUCGCGUGCCAUCGAUGGUUACUUAAAAAAAAAUUUUUUUAACGGUACGCUGACCGUGAAAGCGGGCGUGAAGUCAAGGUGUGAGUGUACACGCGGAGUCAAGGAUGUGCUCUUGCUUAACCGCGUUUCGGUCGACGAUCGUCUUCGAGGUGAUCAGCGAAGACGUCGACCGUACGCUCUUUAUAUUAUAACUAUACGAUCGUGUACAGUAGUUAGCGUGCUGGUUGUUUUGUAAGAUUUGUUUGUUUUCUUUUUCUGUACAAUAAAAUAUUGCUUAAUGUC